GAGAAGAUAGUGUUGGUGGGAGCGGCGGCGGGGGCCGUGAGCCGGCCUGGAAGCGGCGGCCGAGUCUGCGGCCGACCCGCUCCCGCCCAUGGACCGGCCCCCGGGGCUGCGGCCCGGCGCGGGCGGGCCCUGGGAGAUGCGGGAGCGGCUGGGCACGGGCGGCUUCGGGAACGUCUGUCUCUAUCAGCACCGGGAACUUGGUAACAAAAUAGCUAUUAAAUCUUGCCGCCUGGAGCUAAGUGCAAAAAAUAAAGAUCGGUGGUGCCAUGAAAUCCAGAUCAUGAAGAAGUUGAAUCAUCCUAGUGUCGUAAAGGCCUGUGAUGUUCCUGAGCAGAUGAAUUUCUUGAUUAACGAUGUCCCUCUUCUAGCCAUGGAGUACUGUUCAGGGGGAGAUCUUCGGAAGUUACUCAACAAACCAGAAAAUUGCUGUGGACUUAAAGAGAGCCAAGUCCUUUCUCUGCUUAGUGAUAUUGGGUCGGGGAUUCAAUAUUUGCAUGAAAAUAGAAUUAUUCACAGAGAUCUAAAACCUGAAAAUAUAGUUCUUCAGGAUGUUGGUGGGAAGAUAAUUCAUAAGAUAAUUGAUUUGGGAUAUGCUAAAGACCUUGAUCAAGGAAGUCUGUGCACAUCUUUUGUGGGAACUCUGCAAUAUCUGGCCCCAGAGCUCUUUGAGAACAAGCCAUAUACUGCUACUGUUGACUAUUGGAGCUUUGGGACAAUGGUGUUUGAAUGUAUUGUGGGAUAUAGACCUUUCCUACAUCAUCUGCAGCCAUUUACCUGGCAUGAAAAGAUUAAAAAGAAAGAUCCCAAGCACAUAUUUGCCUUUGAAGAGAUGACUGGAGAGGUUAGAUUUAGUAGCCACUUACCUCAGCCAAAUAGCCUUUCUAGUUUCAUAGUAGAGCCCAUGGAGCAGUGGCUACAGUUGAUGCUGACUUGGGAUCCUCAGCAGAGAGGGGGAAGUCUGGAUCUCACACUGAAGCAGCCGGGAUGCUUUGCGCUCAUGGACCAUAUACUGAACUUGAAGAUAGCACAUAUAUUAAAUAUGACUUCUGCAAAGAUAAUUUCCUUCCUAUUGUUGCCUGAGGAGAGUCUUCAUUCACUGCAAUCUCGAAUUGAGCAUGAAACUGGAAUAAAUACGGCUUCUCAAGAACUGCUCUUAGAGAUGGGAAUUUCUCUGGACCCCCGGAAGCCUGCCUCUCAGUGUGUUCUAGAUGGAGUACGAGGCUGUGAUAGCUACAUGGUAUAUUUGUUUGAUAAAAGCAAGAUCGUCUAUGAGGGGCCCUUUGCUUCCAGAAGUUUAUCUGAAUGUGUAAAUUAUAUUGUGAAGGACAGCAAAAUCCAAUUGCCAGUAAUGCAACUGCGUAGAGUGUGGGCUGAAGCUGUGCAUUAUGUGUCUGGGCUCAAGGAAGACUACAGCAGGCUCUUCCAGGGGCAGAGAGCAGCAAUGUUGAGUCUUCUUCGCUAUAAUGCUAACUUAACCAAAAUGAAGAACACCAUGAUCUCAGCAUCUCAGCAACUGAAAGCAAAAUUGCAGUUUUUUCAUCAGAGCAUCCAGCUUGACCUGGAUAGAUACAGUGACCAGAUGACUUAUGGGAUAUCCUCAGAAAAAAUGCUAAAAGCCUGGAAAGAAAUGGAAGAAAAGGCCAUCCAGUGUGCACAGGCUGGUGAUAUUGGAUACUUGGAUGAGCAAAUCAUGUCCCUGCAUACAGAAAUUGUGGAGCUGCAGAGGAGCCCUUCUGCAAGGCGUCAGGAAGACGUCAUGGACUCUCUGGAGCAGAAAGCCAUUGAUCUCUACAAGCAAUUGAAACCCAGGUCUCCAGAUCAUUCCUACAGCGAUAGUUCAGAGAUGGUGAAGAUCAUUGUGCUGACUGUGCAGAACCAGGACCGUGUGCUCAAGGAGUUGUUUGGUCACCUUAGCAAGUUGUUGGGCUGUAAGCAGAAGAUUAUCGACCUGCUCCCCAAGAUUGAAGUAGCCCUCAAUAGCAUCAAAGAAGCUGACAACACAGUCAUGUUGAUGCAGGGAAAGAGGCAGAGGGAAAUUUGGCACCUGUUAAAGAUUGCUUGUACUCAGAGUUCUGCUCGAUCCCUUGUUGGAACCAGUCUAGAAGGUGCAGUCACUACUCCAACUCCUGCAACUCUGACAGCCCCCACCCCCCGUUCUCUGUCAUGUGUACUGAGUGCUCAGGAUGGAGAAACCUUUACACAAAUAGUAGAGGAAAACCUGAAUUAUCUUGGCUGUUUGAGUACCGUUAUUCGUGAGGCAACAGAGGAAAAGGGUAAGAGUCUGAUGAGUCUUGAUUGGAGUUGGCUGAAGUAGUGAUGGCCUCUGACUGUCCCAAAGCCCAUGAAGAUAUCGAUCGUUCUCAUGUGUCCUACAGACACCAGAAUCUGCUUUAGGGUUAUGUGUACGGGGAUUUGGUUUUCAUUCAUUUUAACCUGUGUUAAAUGAUCUGAAGGUCAUUGGCUUUUUAGAAAAUGUAUACUGUACCAUUUACCAAGUGUAGCUACUUGGGAGCACUGUGAGCCAUCCUUUUGAUGCUUUUUUUUUUUCCUACUUAUGCAACUGCCCUUUCUUGUAGGUGUUUCUACUUCACAGAAAUACAGGUCAUUGGGAGCCUUAUGGAAGUGGAGAAGAACACAAGGGGCUUGGGGACAAGAAUCUUCCAAUGGCCUUCAUAAACUGACUUUCCUUUUGAGAAUGGGAUCUUGGGCCCCUGGGUGCCCACAAUAGGGGAUUCAGCUCCAGCAGAUGAGGGAUUUGACUGGAGUGAGUGUGCUCUGUGGUGGUGAAGCCACAACUCUUUCACAUUGGCCUUUUACUGAUCUAAUUUUUCCUGACUUCAGAUUAUAGUCCAGGAAACUGAGGCAAUCUGUGUUGACAGAGAGAUAGAGAUAUUGUUCACGUGUGCACUGGCAUCAGAGAUACUGCCACAGGAGUGAGAAUAAACACGUGCUGAACUACACAGGUUUUUUUAGAGUGAACUGGGUGCGGGUUUGUUCCCAUUCUUCUAGCAGUACCUUUGGUGCUCAUGAGAGUUGCCAACCUUUCCAAAGUGUGACUGGUGGUGUAAAUGUAUUGUAUACACUGACAUGUAUAUGUGUUUAAAAUGUACAUUAAUAAUGUCAUAUUCUGCUGUAAUUUAUGUGGAAUUCAGAGAUCAGCUUUUUCAGGUAAACAGCAAUGUUUUAGAGUCUUGACAGAUUUUAUUGUAUAAAUUUUAUACAGUCUUUCAGAAAUUUAGAGAGUAUGGUUGUACAAAGAAGACAAGUGUUUUUGUAUUACAUGUGAACUAAAUGAUGUUUUGUGUAUUAAAUGAUUUUUGAUCUCAGUA